AAUAUUUCAUGAUGGAAGUAAUGUAGUUCCGGAAGCCAGGAAAAAGCCGUGUGGGAUUUAGUAGUGCCGUUAUUGUACCAGUUCGUUCGGACCUCUAUUUUUAUCUUAUUUCGUUUUAUUUGGAGUAUUUUAACCAGACAGAGAGUGUAAAGGGGUGUGAUGAGUUGGAAGUUACUCUUUCUGACGGUGGCAGUGCUUAUAUUGGGCAGCUGCACCGCCAAUUUCAAGACAAAUCGGAGAAGUGAACGUCUUACGAGAGACUUGAUAGAUAUUGACUCUAAAGCAGAUGGGGCAGAGUUGGAACACAAUGGUAGUGGACAUGGGACGAUAGAAUCAGACGAUGAAGAUAUGCUGGAAGGAUCUACAGAUGAUGAUGAUGAUGAUGACGACGAUAUUGAAAUAUCAGGAUCUGGCAAAGGUUUUCUGGGUGAAUUUACAACACAGCCCCAGUCUACAAGAUCAUUUUCAGAAUGUGAAACAAUGCGGAAUUCUGUAAAAGAUCCAGAUUAUGCGCGUGAAACAAAAUCUUUUGUGCCAAGAUGUACAUUGGAUGGUGAUUUCGAGCGUCUACAGUGCCGGGGAGAGCCUGGCAUUGAUGAGUGCUGGUGUGUGUUCCCAAAUGGUAACCGUGUAGAGGGCACAACCAUGCAUGGACCAACGACACCCGACUGUCAGUUUGGUUCAACGAUAAAAAAGUGUGUAUUCCUACUCCUCAAGAACAGCUGGGGUAAGCUUGGAACUUACCCUCCGCGGUGUACCAUCGACGGAGAGUUUGAAGACAUCCAGUGUUUCGAGGGAGACUGUUGGUGUGUGGAUGACAAAGGAAAUGAACGUCACAACACACGUGUGCGCUCGUCAAAAACACCUAAUUGUAAAGCAACUACAGUAAAGACAAUGACAACUAAGGCCAACACGACUCCAGGACCUGUCACUAGCAAGCCUAGCAAGAAACCUGACAAUGGAUACGUAGUCGAUACAGAUCCACCACUUAUCAUUGACUAUAUUGAUACAGAAUUUGGUUCUACACUUGCCCCAGAGCAGGAGGCAACACCAAAACCAAAGGAUAUUGAAGUGGAUCCCAUUGACCCCCAGGAGCCCGAAGAGGAGGAUAAUCUGUCGAGCAGCAAUCUGUCACAUGAGGGCGAAAGUGAAAUGAAAUUUCUGGCAAAACCAUUUGUUAUGGGAGCUGUGAUAGCCGGGGCAGUGGUUGGAUUGCUGGGGGCUAUACUUCUGGUCAUGUUCAUCGUGUAUCGCAUGCGAAAGAAGGACGAAGGCAGCUAUGCCCUGGAAGAACAGAAAUUCACAAACUAUUCCUACAUGAAAGCACCAGAAAAAGAGUUCUAUGCGUGAGCAGACAUCAAUGGGAAGGAGAUGGACCUUACCUUACAUCUCUAGCUUGGCAGAAAAAUUAAACUAAAACAAAUAGACACCACAAUGGGAAAGACCACCGAGUUCCUGGCACAUAGCAUUUCAAUUUUCGUGAAGAAAAUUUCUAAGAAAUGUAACAUUUUUUCUGAAAUUUUUCCAUUUCAAUGCAAUAUAUAGACCAUUUGAAGUGUAAGAUAGCUGUUCUGGUGAUGUUGUGUGCGGGGGCAAAAUUAGUAUCUAUGGGGACAAAUUUCUGAGGGACAGCGAUGGUGCUGCUGUUGGGAAAAUAAUCCUGGAAGUUUAAUGACCGUUGAUGGUGUCUGAGGGAACAGUCGGCGGGUGGGAGGGGCGGGUGAACUUGUUCAUACAAGAUUUUAUUUUUUAUACUAUAAUCAAUUUUUGACACCUUUUUAUUUGUAUAUUUAUUAUCAGUAUGAUAUUGAAAUCAUAGAAAGCCAGCUAGAGUUUCAUACAGACUUUGAGAGCCUGAUAUUGCUCUUCAUCAAUUUAAGAUGUGCACGUCCACCGGAAGGAACAAACAAACAAAAUGAAAGAAAUGUCAAUGUCGACUGGACAAUGAUUUUAAUAUGUUACAAAGCAGUGAAACUAUGAAGUUUAUACUGUUGUAACUCUGUACAUAUUUCAAUUUAUCAGACUGCCGUUAACAAGUUUUCGUAUGAAAGUAUAUUUCAUUAAUUGCACACACACAGGAUCUGAAUUGUACAUCAAGGUAUGGAGAGGUCAUUUAGUGCACUCCUCUUCAAGUAGGGAGCUGUUUUAUCGUGUAAUAUUGUUUGAUUAUUUUGAUAUUACUAUAAUUCAACAAUUUUAACAAUUUCCUUUUUUAGUUCAAUCUAUAUCUGAAGUUAAUGCUUCAUUUAGCAUAAUUUUGUCAUGCACAUUAUUCUAGAAAUGAUUUUAAGAUUAAUUCAAAAUCGAGAAAGCUUAAUGAUAUUGGUAAUGUUUCAGUUUUAAUAUUUAUUUGAAAUGAAUUGGAACAAAUAGAGCAUAUUGUGUUUGUAAUAACUGGGUUGCAGAUCUUGAUAAUACUAUUUUCUUAGUGACUUGUUGGAUGUGUUUGAGUUACUCAAUUUCAACAGGAAUUGGUCAAAUAUCACGUUUACAUGUUGGAAUGUGGAAAUCGUUUGACUACACAACUAAAGUGUCCUGUCAUUUUGUCUUUUAAUUCAGGGAGAAAUGAUUAUUAUGUUAUGUGUCACAAUUUGUUUGUAUGUAACUGUGUCGGUAAGGGAGUGCUAUAAAGCAACAUGUUAAAUAUUGACGCACUUUAUGACUGAAACGCAUGCUGAUCGGCAGGCGUGUUGAAGUUUCUUUGUCAGAUGCAAUUUGAAAUACAUGUCUUUUAUAUAGGAAAGAAUUAGUUUUUUUUUUUUUUUUUUUUUGGAAAUUCUAAAUAUUUUGUUAAAGGCAAGUUUGGCUGUUGGUCUUGUAUAGUUACAAGAUGAAUUCUCCUUUUGUCUGGCCAUAUUUUGUAAACCCCCAAAAACUUGUACACACUUUUAUUCAUAAAUUGGUCCAAAUUUUAAAUCUCCUCAUUUAGGUAUUUUUAGUUGUUAACUAAAAUAUAUCUAGUAUUUGCUCUUUAUUUUGGUAAUAAAAACAUAGUUAUUUAACCCUUGUAAUUGAUGAAAUAUUUACUUUUGAAUCAAAUGUUGAAGGUCCAAAAGAAAAACUAAGAUGCAUGGCCCUACACCUAAGUUCAAUAUGUUGAGUAUGUUGAAAAUUUUGAAUUAAGUCUAGAUUAACAUUGUAUGUGUUAAUGGCACGUUUCCCUGAAGUUUUUGGUACCUUGUAGAAUUGUAGAUCGAUCUGCUAUACUGAUGUGAGGCUGUGUAUUUUCUAUCCAGUGUGCAGAUCGGAUACUAUACCCAAUGUAAAUACUAGACUACAUAGUACAAGUAGAAGUUGUCAUAGCAUUUCACCUCAUGUCAUUUCAUAUUAAUUAUGUUGUAUAAUUUAAGAUUUAUCAUCAGACAGACUAAUCAAAUAUUAUGUCGUUUUAAAGGCACAUGGUCACUCAUGUUUUAAUUUGGUUUUCAACAUUCCAUUGACCUUGAUAGUAUUGACCCAAAAUCUGGUCUCAACAAUCUUAUAACUUUAUUAAAAUGUGAAUUGUUGAAAUUUUUUGCAUUCAUGAUAAAUGGAGAUGGGCCAGUUUGAAAAUAUGAAUUUAGUUACCUGAAGGCCUUAUAGCUUGAUUAAAAGGCCAUGAAGUGGCCUGCAGUCCGAACAAUCUAAAGAUUCUAGAAAAUCUUUAAAAAUUCUUUAUUUCAGGCAUUCUUUAGGUUAACAGUGAAAAACAAAGAACAAAGUCUUUUUUCUUUCUUUCCUGUUCAGUUUCUCCUGUUUUCUUCAAUAAAGAUAAAAAAAAUUAUUUUCUCCUUAAAUUUUACUAUUUUAUUUUCAGCAAUGAAAUGGGUAGCUUUAAAGGAAGCUUGCAUAAUUAUAGAUAAAAACUUGAUCUGGUGCCAUGACCAGGCCUUAACGAGUGUACUAGAAUAUCUCCAUGUUAAAUGUAAUACCACAUAUCUUCAUGUCACAUUAUCACAGCUAGAGAACUUUUUAUGAGUCCAUAAUCAUCACAUGCUUAGUUUUCAAACAUGUUUCCCAUCACCUGAUGUAUAAGGAGAUGUGAGAAUUAUUAACGUGAGAGUGUGCAAAAAAUAAAUAAGAAACGAAAUGUUUAAAAUAAAAAAAAAUUAUUGACAAAUCGGUUGUCACAUAGUUGUGCAGAAUUAAGAAGUGAUUUAUUUCAUUCAACUUUAAACAGGAAAUCAUGUUUUGCAUUAAAACAUCUGGCAUUUAUGUGGAUGCCCGAUCAAUCAAAGAGGAAGUAUCAAUAUGCCAAAUCUUUUUAAUUCUACUUUUAAGUCUUUGAUCUAAAUCAGAUAAUAGUACAUUAAUUGAUCAUUUUUAAGUAGCAUUCCAUAUCCUUUUGAUUUGGUAAAAUCUGAAACUAUGAUAACUUUGGAAGGUUGUAAUAUGGAGAAGAUGAUGCAAGAUAUUGGUAUGUUUGUACCAACCCUUUUUCCCUUUACUUAUCAAUUGUGUCUCAUUGGAUAAGUUUUAAUCUUUUAAAUUUGUGCCAGUACAUUUACAGUUAUUGGAAGAAAGGUUUUAAACAUUUUCUAUUCAUAGUCAUCCCUUAUAUAUCUCAAUGGAAUCUCCUUGUCUUUUACAGGGCUAUGCCAUUGAGGCUGUUAAGGGUAGGCAAGGUCUUCCUAUAAUUGUCUAUUUAUUAACAUAAUGUGUUGUCUUGUCUACCAUAUGUUCCUUCUUAUGUCUUGUACAUUAACCAUUCUUGCUCCUUAAAUCUCCGCCAGCUUGUCCGAUUGAUGGACAGCUAGCCGAGUUUCUGGAGGAAGGAUGAUAAUGAUAAUCAACUUUUAAGACAUUGCCUUCCUUCCUAAAGCAUUAGAAAUUUUUACAAUUUCAAGUAUAUCUUCUUUAGAUUUUAUUCAUUUUGAGAAAAAUAGCAAAAAAAUGUUAUUGCAAUAUUCAAAAUUUCACUAUUAGAACUUUGUCAUUGUGAUGUAGAGAAGUUACUUGGAUGUUUAUUGUUGGGGGCUGGUUGAUUUGGGGGAGGGGGCAAAGAACAAAAAUGUAUACAUUCUGUAUAUUAUGGUUGUAAAAUGAGAUUAUAAAGUGUUUUCUGUGAAAUUCAAUCAAACCUAGCUUCUAGCAUUUAGUUGAGGUUUUCAAUGGGGUUUUUUUUGUGUGAAAAAUUCAAUUCCCUUGCUUGUCAAAUUGUUUUCUACUCUUACAAAUUUGUGUCCAAGGGAAGAGUCUGGUUCUGUUCAGACUUGUUAAAAUAAUCUAAGACAACUUUUUUCAUGAAUGAAUGUCUUUGUUUGAAGUGGUUAAAAGUAAUGAUCAUCAGAUGAAACAGAUUUAGAGAUUCGAUGAAAGUAAAUAAACAAUAAUAUUUAAUCAGUUUACAAGUACUUCCUCUGAAAGAUGCAAAUACAGAAAUGCAUAUAUUCAAGAUAUUCACUUGCUUUGUGAGACUCAUCUCAUAGUUGUUUGGGUUUAAAGCCUACAGACUAAUUAGUGCCUUGGGCUAGUCAGACUUUGGCAUAUUUGUAUGAUGUAAGGGAGAUUCUGAUAAAUUCUCAGGAACCUGCAUACAAAACAAAUUCAAAUGAAAAUAUUAUUCCCUUCUCUUGCUUAUUGCCAUAAUGAAUAUUCAUGAAUUUUGGAUUUAAAACUGUUUCUUCCUUUGUUGCUAUUCCAAAAAUUAGCUUUUUGUCCAAAACCGUCCAAGACAAUUUUAGCCAAUAUGUAGAUCAAUUAAUGAUUAAAGCAUACAACACUUAAAAGGAUGUUUUAGCUCAGGUGCCUAUAAGUGGUGACAGCAACCCUUGUCUGUGGGAACUUUCUACCACUAGCCAACACUAGCCAUUAACGCAAGCUGUGAAGAAAAAGUUUUAAGUUAUUUGAGGUUUCUAAAAUUAAGUGGAUUUCUUGGGAGUAAUUUUCAUCAUAAUUCCUGAAUUGAUUAAGGAAGUUUUCAAUGGCAUUAUUUGAUAUAAGUUCAUGGUUCACAUUGCUCUGUAAGGCCUUCCUGUGGAAGUUCAGGAGCAGUCGUAAAACUGGGUUCUGAACUUGUGCAAUGUUUUCCUUAGUUGGGAAUUUAAGUGAAGGUGAAAUUAUUGCUUUGUGAAGUUGAACCUUCAGUUGGCAUACAUGCAAACAUGGCUUAUGUUGAUGCUCUCUGAUCAGCCAGUUUAUUGAGUAAAAUUUCUGUCAAGACACGAAUUCUAUUGCCUACAAACAAGGGUUAUUGUUAUCUAUAAAUAGGCUCAACUCUCUGUUCUAGCUGCUGUUCCCUAUAUAUAUAUUGCCAUCUUAUCUCAUCUUUUCCUUACAAAUUUCUUUGCUCUCCUCUAAUAUUGAAUUUUAUGCUUGACCUACUAUCAGCAUUUGAUAGCUGUUGUGUCAUCGACUACUUUCAUGGUUUUCUUCAUCAUGUAUCUAAUCAUCAUGUAAUAUUAUUGUUAACAAUGACAAACAUUUUCAUUUUGACUAAUGUGAGUGUCGAUCUGUGAAUACAAGAAUGUUUCUGAUUUUGAUGUCCAUAGUACAUUUGUAGUUACAGAAAAAAAAUAAAAUAUAUAUAUACAAACUUCA